GAACUGCACAAAUUUCAGACAAAAUUUCAAAAUGGCGGACGAAGACGAGGAAGAUUAUAUGUCCGACAAAUUUUUGCUAAAUACAGCGGAUAACAACCCAGGUUUGAUUCCAGAUAAGAUAGCAAAGAAGUAUAAAAAAGAGAUGAAACAUCACGAGUUGAAUCAGCGGAACAAAAUAAAACCGAUGAGAGAAAGGGAGAUGGAACAUCGUGAGCAAGGUCUCUCGAGUGCUUUAGACAGCAGUAAUAAAGGGUUCGCUAUGCUACAGAAAAUGGGAUUCAAACAAGGAAUGGGCUUGGGAAAAGAAGGGACAGGGAGAGCUGAACCAAUACCUUUGACUAUCAAAGCAGAUCGCGGAGGCCUUGGGCGUGAAAUGCUCUUGAAGAGACAGAGAGAGGUAAAGGAAGCUUUGAAACAUGAAACGGCAAAGAAAAGAAUGAAGACCGAGGAGAAGCAGAGGGACAGUUUUAGAAGGCACAUGAGUGGCAAGUUUGCUGAGAGGCAAACAUCAAGUGACUUGUAUAAGAGCCAGAAAGCAUGUGAACAAUUAGAUAAAUCAAAGGAAUUGCCUUGUGUUGAGAUGUGGUUUUGGCCAGAGGAGAAAACUAAGGAGGAUGACGAUGAGGAAGAAGACAAAGAAGAAGAAGAUGACGAGGAAGAAGAACUGGAGCCAUCAGAGAAGCUUGUGCACUUGACAAUGUACUUGAGAAGAACUCAUCAAUACUGUAUUUGGUGUGGAACCAAAUAUGAUGAUGAUCAGGACAUGGCCCACAACUGUCCGGGAGAUUCAGCUCAAGAUCACGAGUGACAAAGUUGGAGCGAAAAGAGAACAAACCAGCAUAUGUCGUGGAGUCCAUCGUAUUUGUGUAAAGAUUUUCGUUAAGACGACCUUUUGGAACGAACAGUAACAAAUGUUACGACCAGAUACCGAUUUUCGUUGUUUACGCCUGAAUGGAUAAUCACGAAAGUCGAUUAUAACCGAUCACUGGCGAGCAGGAACCGAUGGCGUUUUGCGACUAUAAUCGAGAGGCGAUUGUUCACGAAAAUAAUCGUACGGCUAGUGACUGCUAGACUCAAGGGAUGGUGAAUGAAAAGAUAGGGCUCAUGAGGUAUCUAGUGACAAUGGACAAAUUAAAAAUGAUUUGCCCUAGACAAUAAUUAACUUAGAUUUAAGAUAUCAGUCUCCUUUUCUCCAUGUAAAACCUGUGCUCGGAAACGUAUAUUAGGAAUGAUGAAUGACAUCGUUUUUCUUGUCAACUUUUGAGUCCAUUUCGAAAUCGUACCAGCUUUAGGGGAGAGGGACAAAAGGCUCUCAACCCCACCCUUCUUAGGAAUGAAGAGAAAAGUCUUUAACUUUUACACGUGACAUCCAAGCCAUAAGUGCCAAGGGAUAACAUCACGACGAGGUAGGGAGCAGUGCCGGACAGGUCUUCAAAAGCUUCACGGAACCUUUUUCGGGUCACAUACUAGCGUUCGGCCGGGAUCGUGGGUACGAAAUCAAAGUACUUCAUUGUUCACAUAAAGAGUUUUAUCACCAGGAGUCUCAUCAAUGUUUACAUGAAAACUAAUCCCUGUCUCACUGAUCCGUGUCGACCGUGGUCUGGUUGAAGAUUGCAUUUGAAGAAUUGAUUAUGUUCAGAACCUUGAUUCAUUUCGAACCUUCGUUGUAAAGUCAACUUUAACCAACAUCUUUAAGUUGAAGCCCAGGCGAUUUCAUCAAAUUACUAUAAACUUCACAGACAUCUAAGAAUAAAUGCGAAAGAUGUUCUUA